UGGCAUUCAAGCGGUUACACUCAAACAAAUAGAGGAAGAAAACGAACUGUGGACUUCAUAUUGAGGCGUUUUACUUACUUAUCAUUCAGUUUAACAAUAUGUAAGAAUGGGGAAACGGGUUGGUGGAUGCUGUGGGAAUAUAUUCCUUCUUUUGAACUUUCUUUUGUGGUUGGUGGGUUUGGCCACCCUCGGGUAUGGCAUUUGGAUCCUCGUCACCACGGGAAACGUCAGCAACUUCCUAUCCGGAAGUCUGGUGUUCACGUAUUCAUUCCUUGGGGUCGGUCUUCUUCUGACAAUAAUAGGGUUGCUGGGGUGCAUUGGAGGAUGUGCCGAGAGCACGUGCUGCCUUAAAGCGUACAUCGGCCUUCUAACAUUUCUUUUGAUUGUGGACAUUGGUAUUGGUAUUGCUGCCGGAGUGAUGAAGGACCAGGUGUUUACAGUGACUGAACACCUUUGGGAUGAAGUAAACAGCGAUACAAAGGCGCAGAUACAGAAAGAGUUAAAAUGCUGCGGGUACAGCAGUCCUCUAGACUACGGAGUUGGAUCGGUCCCGAGUAGUUGCUUUGGGGAAGAAAAUGUUGCCACUUCCAUAUUUCAGACCGGGUGUCAGGCUGCCAUGGAGACCUGGGUACACGACAACACCCCCAUCUGGGCCUCGGUCCUGGCCUCCGUCCUGUUUGUUCAGAUUGCCAGUACGAUUGCCUCUUGCAUGACCUUGAAGAAGGUGGAGGACGCCAUGAGGGUGGGCAUUGCGUAAUCGGACUCUCACUUUGCGAGGAGGCUAACGGUCAUGUGUUCUUGCCGUUAUAACAAAAGAUUGUAUAGACAAUUGGUCAACAAACCCAUACGCGGUGUUUAAAUUAUGUGAGACGAUAUGUAUCAUACGUUUUUCUUUUUCUAUUUUACAUGUAUCAUUUAUGUGGUGACUGUGAUAUGUUUACUUGUUGAACUUUCACUUUGUAUUGAAAGCUCGUUAUUUUUUCGGCCAAAUAAACAAUUUAGAUAAUUUGGAGUAACAAGAAUUGUUACGAACUCAAACAAAGCUCUCUGUGAAAUAACGCUAUUAAAAGUAUAAACAGGUUGUCUGUUUAUAUAAUCUAACUUUAUUAUUUCAUGAAAAUUACCAAUUAUUAAUAAGAUGAGAGAGCAAAGAGCGGGUGUUGUUUUUUUUACAUUAAAGCAUUUCACGCAAAAUCCAUAAUAAGUUUUUACUCUUUCUGAUAUUUAUCCAAAAUACUGUGAUAUUUUUAUGCCAACAAAUAUAUGAAAAUCUCUGAAAAUAUAAGUAACUGUUUCAGGAAAAAAAAAUAUGUGUGCUGCAAAGGAGAAUUGUUUUAUCUAAUGUAAAAUAAAAAUAAAACUACGUAGCUAUUUAUAUUUGUUUGAUAAACCUCAAUAUAUGAUAUAAACACAAGUAAACAUCAUUUUAAUUAAAAAAUAUACAAAUUUCAUAAUACUUACAGAGCAGCCACACGACCCACUAGACAGGUCAUACUGUCGAACUUUUUUUGCGCUUUCAAAUGACUAUCGCUUUGUGAACAUUUUUUGGCAUAAAUGCUUAGAUUAAAAAAAUCUACAUAUUUUCUGCCUGUGUCGUUGGUCUACGAUUUUUUCAUCAACACGUUGCUUUUUAGUUUUGUUUCAUGUAUUAAUUUAUAGUUUUUAAUUGUUUUUGUAUAUCGAUAAAAUUAGCUCUAAAACAUUAAAGAAUGAUAUGUUGCUAUACUUCAUAUACUUUUUUGUACAAAUGUGUUAUAAUCAAGUACAUGGUAUCCACACUUUGAUAAAUAUAAUCGUAUACAACUCUGCGGCAUAGUAAAAACAAACAGAACGCAAACAUUUAAUUUAGAAUUUAGAAAGUGUGUGAGCUAUGUAAUUUUAAAAGAUAAAUGUGUUUGUGUAUAAAGUUAAACUCCAGUUGCCAAAAAGGCAAGACAUCAUAUAAGACUCGUUCUGGGAAAACUGAGCUUAAUUAAGUAGGGGCAUAAAGUGUCAUCCCGAAAUAGCCCGUGCAGUGCGCACAGGCUAAUCAGGAACGACAUUUUCCGCUUUAUGAAGUUGUUUCGUUUUAAUGAAGUGAUUUCUAAACGCAAACCCACUUACGGCGGAAAGCGACAUCCCCGAUAAACAGGUACGGGCAGAACAAGAUAAACUGGGACGACGACACACGUAUAUGCAUUUAGCCGGUACGGACAGAACAAGAUAAACUGGGACGACGACACACGUAUAUGCAUUUAGCCGGUACGGACAGAACAAGAUAAACUGGGACGACGACACACGUAUAUGCAUUAGGCCUACUUUACUCGGAACGAUGCUCAUAGUAUCAGCUCGAGCUCCUUAUUAUUACAAUAUAUUUGAGUCAUAUUCGCGUGGAUAAAUGUUCGCUUAAUUGCCAGUAUUAAACAGUAUUUCUUUUCUCGUUUGUGUUGGUUUAAUAUAUGUAUUGCAGUUUUGUGUUUCAAUAAAUAUUAUACGAUAACAA